AUGGAAUCAUGUUGUGAAUUAAAUGAUGGUGUAUGGGCCAACGAAGGUGAAGAAACUGAAACAGAUUUAACUAAUACACAAGCAGAUAAAUUUCAAAAAGGUGUAACAUUUUGGGGUGCAAUAUCCUCGCGUAGUCUUAUCCCAUCGGAUGUACCAAUUAAUGUUAGUAAAUGGUUAGAACAACAAGGUACUUCAUCUAAUGAGAAAUGA